AAAUAUAAUGCAUUGUAUUAGAGAAUGAAUUACAAAAUACACUAUAAUAGUUGGUGCAAUGAAAAUGGUAACUGAGGUCUACAUCGAUCAUUUAUAUUUCAGCCCAGCUUAGAUGGGUAACACAGCUAGUACUUUAGUAAAUGACACAUUGAUUUGACAUUUUUAUACUUUGUUUUAUUUCUUGAGUGAAUGAAGUAAAUAUUAGGGUACUAGAUGUGGAAAAUUGCUGCUUUUCUGCCCAGGGUUUUAUCAACGCUGAGUUGAUGUACCUCAAUAAUUCUUUACAUUUUUAUUGUGCUUUUCUCACUUCUCAAAGCUCUUUAGUGAGUGAGAAGCCACUUCAAGCACCACUAAUAUGCAGCAACCACAUGGAUGAUAAGAUGGCAGCCAUUAUUGCGUCAGUAUGCUCACCACACAUGAGCUAUUGGGUGGUAAAGUGGUGGUUUUGGGACCAACAUUCAGACCACAGGAAUGAUGAUGGCUGAAGCCCAGCUGUUUGUAUCACAGGACGAGUUCACCUGCUCGGUGUGUCUGGACACCCUGACUGACCCCGUCACCAUCCUCUGUGGUCAUAAUUUCUGUCUGAAGUGCCUUACGGACUACUGGGAUCAGAGCCAAGUCUGCAGAUGUCCUCAGUGCAGACACACCUUCACGUUGAGGCCUGAACUAAAGAGAAACAAUCUGCUGAAUGAAGUCAUCAAGAAAUUUAAGAAGAGGGCACUCAAUCCUCCUCCUCCUCUUCCACCUAAGAAUUAUGCUGGUCCUGGAGAUGUGGAGUGUGACUUCUGUACUGGGAAGAAGUUCAGAGCAGUGAAGUCCUGUCUCACCUGCAUGGCAUCCUACUGUCCGAUUCACCUGAAGCCUCACUAUGAAGGAGAUGCCUGGAAGGGACACAAGCUGGUUGAUCCUGAUAGAAAUCUGAAGGAGAAACUCUGUGAGAAACAUCAGAAAAGUCUGGAAAUAUUUUGUAAAACUGAUGAGAUGUGUGUCUGCAUGAUAUGUGUGGUGACUGGACAUAAAAAUCAUGAAAUGGUAGAGCUGGGGACAGAAAGAGAAAAUAAAGAGAUGUCUGUGGAAAGAGAUGUAGAAGAAAAUGAGAAGAGCUACACUGAUCUGAUACGGUGCAUUGAGGAAGCCGACAGGAAACUGACUGAGAGGAUCAAAGAACAAGAAAAGAGAGAAAUGGAGAAGUCUGAAAGAAAUUUCUCAUCCCGCUGUAUUCUUCCUGCUGAUGGUGACUUGCUGAGCUUCACUGUCACUACUGAUUUCUCAUCUGAGGACCUGAGAAAGGAGCUGUCAGGUCUGAAAAAGAGUCUGGAGAAGAUCAGCCAGUGUGAGAUCAUGACAAGGACUCCAUCAGCUCAUGAAGCUCCAGUUUUCGCCCUCCAGCCUCCUGAACCUCAGAGCAGAGACGACUUUUUAAAAUACUUCUGUCCCCUCACACUGGACAUCAACACAGCACACAGAUACCUCCAUCUAUCUGAAGGGAACAAGAAGGUGACACGUGAGUGGACUGAAUCCAAAUAUCCAAUUCAUCCUGAUAGAUUUGACAGCUGGCCUCAAGUUCUGUGCAGAGAGGCUCUGACUGGGACUCGCUGUUACUGGGAGGUGGAGUGCAGUGGAGACUUCAUAGACAUUGGAGUCGCAUAUAAAGGACUGAGCAGGAAAGAACUGGGCUGGGAGUGCGGCCUUGGAAACAACAACAAGUCCUGGUGUUUGCGGUGUUCUCAUUCCAAGUACUCUGUACAUCACAAUGACAAGGAGACUGUAAUCAGCGCCCCCUACAUCCCCAGAAUAGGUGUGUAUCUGGACUGGCCUGCUGGCUCUCUGUCAUUUUAUAGCGUCUCACACACAAUGACCCUCCUGCACAGGAUCAACACCUCCUUCACUGAGCCCCUCUAUCCAGGGUUUUGGCUUAGUCUUCACUCCAGUGUAACAAUCAGCCAUCUGACACGAUGUGACCAGUGA